CGGCCCAAAAUGGCGGCGGCGCUGCUGCUGCUGCUGCUACUGCUGCUGACGAAAAGCCCGGCCCGGCGCGAGCGACAAUAGAGAAGAGAGAGCGCGUGAAGGGAAGGAGCGGCCGCUCGCUCGCGGGCUGGUCCUCCUCAGCCGCCGCGCCGCCGCCGCCGGCUCGCUCUCCGCCGCCCGCCGGUCUAGCAUGGUGCUGGUCCGCCGCCGCUUGCUCCCUUCUGCCGCCCCGAGCUGACCUAUCCUCUCACUGAGACUCUGCUCUGCUCGCUCUCUUCCGCCGCCAGCAUGGGCGAGAGGCUGGAGCUCAGGCUGAAGUCGCCAGUGGGAGCGGAGCCGGCCGUCUACCCCUGGCCCCUGCCCGUUUAUGACAAACACCAUGAUGCUGCUCACGAAAUCAUUGAGACAAUUCGGUGGGUCUGUGAAGAAAUUCCAGACCUCAAGCUUGCUAUGGAAAACUAUGUUUUAAUUGAUUAUGAUACUAAAAGCUUUGAAAGCAUGCAAAGACUUUGUGACAAAUACAACCGAGCUAUUGACAGCAUUCACCAGUUGUGGAAAGGAACCACCCAGCCCAUGAAACUGAAUACCCGCCCUUCCAAUGGGCUUCUGCGCCAUAUCCUACAGCAAGUGUAUAACCACUCAGUGACAGACCCAGAAAAACUCAACAACUAUGAACCCUUUUCCCCAGAGGUGUAUGGAGAGACUUCUUUUGACUUGGUGGCCCAGAUGAUAGAUGAAAUAAAAAUGACUGAAGAUGACCUCUUUGUAGACUUAGGCAGUGGUGUGGGUCAAGUUGUGCUCCAGGUGGCUGCAGCAACAAACUGCAAGCAUCACUAUGGUGUGGAGAAAGCUGAUAUUCCGGCCAAAUAUGCUGAGACAAUGGACAAAGAAUUCAGAAAGUGGAUGAAAUGGUAUGGGAAAAAACAUGCAGAUUACACACUGGAAAGAGGCGACUUCCUCUCAGAAGAAUGGCGAGAAAGAAUCGCAAACACAAGUGUUAUUUUUGUGAAUAACUUUGCCUUUGGUCCUGAAGUGGAUCACCAGUUGAAGGAGCGAUUCGCAAAUAUGAAGGAAGGUGGUCAGAUAGUAUCCUCAAAACCUUUUGCACCACUAAACUUUAGAAUAAACAGUCGAAACUUGAGUGAUAUUGGCACUAUAAUGAGAGUUGUAGAGUUGUCACCACUGAAAGGAUCUGUCUCAUGGACCGGGAAACCAGUUUCUUACUACCUGCAUACUAUUGAUCGGACCAUACUUGAAAACUACUUCUCUAGUCUCAAAAAUCCAAAACUCAGGGAAGAACAAGAGGCAGCUAGACGUCGACAGCAAAGAGAAAACAAGAGUAACACAACAACUCCAACAAAAGUCCAAGAAAGCAAGGAUGAUGGUGCUGAAGAAGACAACAAGAACCUUGGGGCCAGUACCGUCAAGAAGCCAUCUCCAUCCAAAGCACGCAAGAAGAAGUUGAGCAAGAAGGGAAGGAAAAUGGCAGGCAGGAAGCGUGGGCGCCCCAAGAAAAUGAAUGUUGUGAAUGCUGAGCGCAAGAUCAAGAAGAAUCAAACUGCGCUGGAACUUCUCCAUGCUCAAACUGUAUUGCAAACAAAUUCAUCCUCUCCUCAGGAUGCAUAUCGGUCACCUCAUAGUCCAUUUUACCAGCUACCUCCUAAAGUGCAACGGCAUUCGUCCAACCAGCUCUUGGUUACUCCCACUCCACCUGCACUACAGAAGCUGCUAGACUCUUUUAAGAUCCAGUAUAUGCAGUUCAUGGCUUAUAUGAAAACAAAUCAGUAUAAGGCAACUCUUCAGCAGUUAUUGGAACAGGAAAAGGAAAAGAAUACUCAGUUACUGGGAAAGGCUCAGCAGUUGUUUACUCACUGUCAGGCUCAGAAAGAAGAAAUCAAGCGACUGUUCCAGCAGAAAUUAGAUGAGCUGGGUGUUAAGGCACUGACAUACAAUGACCUUAUUCAGGCCCAGAAAGAGAUUUCUGCUCACAAUCAGCAGCUGAAAGAGCAGACCAAACAGCUGGAGAAAGAUAAUGGUGAACUCAGGAACCAGAGUUUACAGCUGCUGAAAGCUAGAUGUGAAGAACUAAAGCUGGACUGGUCAACGCUUUCACUGGAAAAUCUUCUCAAAGAAAAGCAAGCACUAAAAAAUCAGAUUUCUGAGAAGCAAAAGCAUUGCUUGGAAUUGCAGAUCAGCAUUGUGGAGCUUGAGAAAAGCCAAAGGCAGCAGGAACUUCUGCAGCUGAAAUCAUACAUGCCUCCUGAUGAAUCGCUGCCAGCCCAGCCACGCCAUAAAAACCAUCUGAACCGGGAGGCAGAGCCUGACCACAGCACAUUUCACCUGGAGCUAGAAUGCCCCAAGUUUCCUGUGCCCCAGGUCAACGGCAUGAGUCCCGAGCUGUCCGUAAACGGCCAUGCCACGUCUUAUGAAAUUCACAAUGCACUCAGCCGGCCAGCCUCUAAGCAGACUACCCCUCAAUACCCAGCUGCCCACUUGGACCAAGACAUAGUUCCUUGCACCCCAGUCCAUAGCUGCAGACAGAAGCUGGACAAAGCCUCAAGUUUAUCCCUGCCAGAUUAUACCAGAUUUUCUCCAGCUAAGAUCGCCCUCCGGAGGCAUUUGAACCAAGACCACAUAGGCAGUGGAAAAACAGCACACAGUGAGAACCACCAGAGAGCGGAACAUUUAAAAGAAAAUGGCCUUCCAUUUUCAAGCCCUUCAGUAUCAAAUGGCAUGAAGAUGAGCCCUCUGGAAGCCAGACCCUCUUCCCCCGCAACCGUGCCAGCUGGGAAUGAGAAGGCUUUGCGCGAGAGGACGUCUGCGAAUAACGGGGAGACGAUCACCAGCCUUCCCAUCAGUAUUCCCCUCAGCACAGUGCAGCCCAAUAAACUCCCUGUUAGUAUUCCCUUGGCCAGCGUAGUCCUUCCUAGCCGUGUUGAGAAGGUGAGAAGCACGCCUAGCCCAGUCCAUCAGAACCGAGAUUCCUUUUCAACACUUGAAAAACAAUUUGGUGCUACUUCUCAUAACAGCGUUAGCACUGCUGCUGGUAACAAGCCACUGACCUUGGCUACCUCAGGUUUUUCUUACAUGUCUGGCUCUGUGUCAGUCGGUGGGACUGUUCCAAAUAGCCCUGGCCCAUUGAAUCAGGCUGCUGACCAUGCAGCUAUGGAGGAGGUAUCCAGUUCAGGAAGUUUGUUCAACUCAACAGGGUCUCGAAGCUCUACUCCACAGCAUCCCUCCUUGCUUACGUCGUCUUCACGGAAUUCUGGGCAAAACUCACCUGCGCACCAGCAUUCUGCAAGCCCUAGGUUGAAUGGAAUCUCCCAGGGCUUGGGAGGGGUACUUCAGUACAUAGAGACUCAAAAAAUGUUUGCUGAAAACACCAGAGGAGACCUCCCAUCUGACCCUGUCUUUUCUGAUCCUGAGAGUGAGAGCAAACGAAGGAUCAUCUUCACCAUCUCCCCUGCCACGGGAACCCUCAAACAUUCUCCAUCAAACAAGCACAGCCCCCUUGCAGCAAGUAUCCGGGCAGAUUGUGGCCAGGCGUACAUGCAAGAUGGGAAGAAGCGUGGCCGGAGGAAGCGAUCCUCCACAGGAACGCCAAGUGUGAACUCCGGAGUGUCACCAAAACGCAAAUCAUUGCCCCCAAUGGCUGGCCUCUUUGCUCAGCCUUCUGGAUCUCCCCUUAAUAUCAGCUCCAUGGUCAGUAAUAUUAACCAGCCUUUAGAAAUAACAGCCAUUUCUUCCCCUGAAAACUCCCUGAAGAAUUCUCCUGUUCCAUACCAGGACAACGAUCAGCCGCCAGUGCUGAAAAAGGAGAAGCCUCUAAUUCAGACCAAUGGCAUCCAUUACUCCCCACUAACUUCUGAUGAAGAACAGAGCCUGGAGGACGACCAUAACAGUACCAGAAUUGAGAGAAAAAUUGCGACAAUAUCACUGGAAAGCAAAUCUCCACAAAAGCCGCUGGAAAACAGCAUCAACUCAGCUGGGAGGAAGCAAGCUACUGAAAGUAUGAACAGCAGCAAGUGGAAGUCAACCUUUUCUCCAAUUUCGGACAUCAACCUUUCCAAAACGGCAGACAGUCCUUUGCAAGCGUCAGCAUCAUCCCUGAGCCAGAACACUCUCUUUGCCUUCAGACCAUCUUCUGAUGACAACCUGGUUGGCGACAAGGCUGGCAUGCAUGCGAGGAAACACAUGACUGCAUCUGAUGGGCUUGGCCAAAGUACCAAUGCCAUAAAUGGAUUUGCUUACAAUGGUGGGCUGUUGGCAGAUGUCGGUUUACAUAGCUUUACUGAUGGUGCUUCACUUUCUCAUAAAACUGCCGACGUCGUGACGGCUCUGGGGGGCUCCUCCCUGGGUUUCCUGGUGCAGCGGAACAAAGAGGCCGGAGUCCCUGAGACAAAUCCGUUCUUGAGCAAGAGGCAGCUAGAAAGCCUUGGUGGUGGGAAAGGGGAAGACUUAAACUGGUCAGGACUCAAAGGCAAAGAGGCCGCUGAACUGAGUGUCCGAUUGGGAGGCUCUUCAGACAAGGCCUUGGUGCUAAACAACAAAAUUGGCAAAGGGCGAGAGCGGGACGUGGAGUUCAAGAAUGGCCACAACCUGUUCAUUGCUGCUGCUGCUGCUGCUGCUGCUGCGCCCUCUGGUGGCCUUCUCAAUGGCAAAAGCCUCUCUGCAGCCAGCUCCAGCAAGUCAUCCAGCACGGGGUCCUCCGCUCAGACCCACCACCCUUUCUUGAACUCCUUGACCACUGGCACGCAGUUCCCCCUUGGUCCCAUGGUAACAAACUCCUCGGUACUGCAGUCCUUAUUUAAUUCAAUGCCAGCUGCCGGCCUGGUGCAUGUAUCGUCAGCUGCCACCCGCCUGACCAACUCACACACGAUGGGGAACUUCUCUCCUGGGAUGACAGGUGGAACAGUUGGAGGUAUUUUUAACCAUGUGGUGCCUUCUGCCUCCUCCUCUUCUUCCUGCUCCGCUCCCUCUCCCUCCACUUCCUCUUUUUCAUCCUCCACUUCCUCUCUCCAUUUUGGCAACGGUGCGGUUUCCAGCUGCGCCGUCUUAAGCUUAAAUCCUCUGCAGGUUGUGGCCAGCUCUCCAUCAUUCCACGUGUCCCCCAACCCAGCACCAUCUAAUGACACCCAGCACCUCACCCGAGUCCCAGCACGUGCCUCCCUUCGGACUCCGCCUCCUGCUAAUGUUUCAUUACCACCGCCUCCUCCCCUCCUCACUUCUAACUCUGAACCUGUCCUCCUACAGAGUUUGUCAUCUCUGCCAGUUUCAGAGGCUUUCUUGCCGCCAUCUUCCACUGCUAACUCCACUUUGUCUAUUAAACUAGCUUCUCUUCAGCACAAAACCUCCCGCCCCUCCUUCACUGUCCACCACCCACCUCUGCCCCGCUUGGCGCUGGCACAAGCCACGCCUGGGAUCCCACAGUCCAACACAGCUGGCACGCCUGCUAUGUGGGUCACGCUUGGCAUGCAGUCUCCUUAUGCUUCACAUCUCUCUGGAGUUAAGCCACGGUAACAGGCUUGGCUUAGCUAAGCACUGGUGCUCUGUAAGGUAACUAGGACUUCUACCUCAACCUGAUGUGACCUAUGCAAGGACAACAUGGACCAACUUCUCUCAGCUCCCACUGAAGGUGCUUGCCUCAAUGGCUUAAGGGUUUUUCCUGCCCCACUUCUCUUUUACUACUGGACACAAACUUAAGUCAUAAACAUAAAACCAGAGAAAAGAAAAUGCUACUGUGAAUCUUAAGUUAAAUAUAUAUUCAGACUGCAGAAGAAAAUGCUUAGAAACAGCUUCCAGUUUGUACAAUGUUGAUAGAGUAGAUAUUUAUAUAUUUUAAAAUGUUUAAAACACAUGCGCCCCUUAACAACGUUUUUGUUCCACCUGAAGUUGUAGAACUGAACAAAAAAAAAGAGGAAGGGAACUUUAACAAUGAAACAACAAUUUUCUCUGAAAUAAAAAGACUGGCACAUCAGCAGAGAUGUAACAGAGCUUCUCUUGGUGCUAUUGACAUCUGAUAAACUGUGCCUCUCCAGUUCUGAACCCAUGGUGCUUUUUUUAUUAUUAUUUUUUGGCCUGGUGGAGAUGAUCAACACAAAGCUUUGUGAUUUCCAUACAUCGCCUGGCUUCUUUUAUUCCUCCUGCUAUCAUUGGACAGAUGCCAACUGGCUGGUUUUUAUACAGAGGUCAAGAAAGCAGUGGAUGUGGGAGAAGGGAGGGGGGAUUGCUCUUUCGAAAACUUUAUUUUUUAAUGAUUCCGACAUGGAUGUAAUUCAUAUAGCAAGCAGCAGUCAGCUGUCUCUCUCCCUCCCCCAGUUCCCUCUUUAGCCCCCUGGCAAAUUCAGCUAUGGUGUUCAUGUUGGAGUCUCCACCAGUGUUCAGACAUGCAGUGGUCAUUCAGAAGGGGUCCUUGGCCUUAAUUGUGGGAAAGCCAAAGGGUUGCAUUAAAAUUCGAGGGGCUGAGUCACUGAAGAAAAUAUUUUUUUUUUCUUCUAUAGCUGUGAAUAUGAAUGGUAAUUGAAGAAAUCCUUGCCAUUCCAGGUAGUAGGUUUACUUUGGGCAAUCAAGUAUCAGAAUCAGGUUGUUGACUCAUCAAGUCUCAUAGAUGCCACGCAGUCUGACUCCGUGAAGCUGUGAGUGGACUAGCCUCUGCCUUUGUUUUCCAGGUUUGGUUUCUUUGUCUCGUGUGGAGGCCUUCCAGUAUCAUUAGAUCCCAGCCCCCCAAGUGGCUAGUGGCCAAGGAUGAUGUGAUUUGCCAUCACCUGGAGGGCCACGGGUUCUUGGCUGGUAAUUAGGAACAUUUUCUCUCUCUUUGGGGGUUUCGCAUUGCAUCUUCUGGGGUUCGUAUUGCUUAAAAAUUAAUUUGUGAGAAUUCAUAAGGUGGGAGAUCAUCCACCCAGCUAGGUUUGCCUUCUGUCCUUUAUGCCUUCCCCUUGGGAAUACCUUGCAAGCUUAUAGUAAUAAUGGAUUUACAAAUCCCUAGGAACCUAUAUAGAAGCUAGAUAAGACUAGUAUUCCUCUCUAGCUGGAUCUCCUCCAUAACACCUCCGUUGUUCAGAGGUGUUGCCUACAUUUUAUAAAGGCAUAAGUCCUUUGAUGUUGGUCUGGCCAUUUUCUGUCCAACUUGAGCAGUCAAGAGAGCUGGAUCUUAACGUCAGGAAUUGGCUGCCCUCAGCUUCGUCUGUUAAGUUCAUCCGUUUGAAGUACAGCAUAUUUUUAAUUAGCAAGAUUUCAAUACUUGAUUGAGAAGCAGCUUUGCUUUUUCAUGUUUUAUCAAAUUAAACAUGUGCUUGUUUUGAUAUAUGGCAUUUGCUUUUAAGGAAGCUUUUAUUAUUAUUUUACAUUCAUUAGAGGAAACAACCACAACACUCAAACUUAAUUUUUGUCAUCACACUGAGUAUAUAGGGUGUAUUUUUUAAGAAAAAAAAAUCAAAAUCUGUGAUUUGGGAGUUACCAGUUUACAGAGGAAAAGAUAAGGCACACAGUUUUGGGACAGCAACAAAUAUUUUAUAGAAAAUGACAGUGACCUCUCAUUGAUUUUUUAUCAGACUGUUCAUAGUAAAAUAGGAAGAGGGAUAUAAAGUCUGGCUUAAUUUUUUUCAAGCAUGUAAAAGCAAGCAAGAAAGGAAAGGAAAAGUUUGGUGUAAACUUUUGAAGAGAGAGGAGCAAGAAUUGCAAGUAGAAAUAUAAGCGAUAUGAAGGUAAAUAUGUGUCAGUGUUCCCAUUCAGUGAAAGUCAGUUGGUCACAUUAAAAUCCUCAGUAUCUUUUUCAGACAACUUUAGAAAAUCCAUGCAUAGAGGCUUAAAGCUCUGGGUCACUCUACCACAGUGAUCCUCAACCUUGGGAAUUUUAAGAUGUGUGGACUUUGAUUUCCAGAAUUCCCCAGCCACAUCUUAAAGUUCCCAAGGUUGAGGAACACUGCUCUACAAGAUAAUUCAAUUUUUGCCUUUUGGGCUCCACAAUGUAUAUCCUUCUGGCUGUUUUAGACUACAGCUUCUUUUGGUCUCUGCAAGCAUCACCAAAGGUAAGGGAUGAAGUUGUAGGUGAGAACAUCUGGAGGAAACCGGGUGGAGUGGGAAAGAUGCUUUAGAAAGAAAGGUUAGUUCUUUCUGACCACAGUAUUUAAAAACAUCCCAAGUUUUGGGUAAUUUCUGCCUUUGCACUGAAAGAGGGAAGAAGGCAAAGUUGCUAAACUCUGUUCAGUUUCCCAUAGGAAGAGGAAGGUUUUUAUACCAACCGCAUAGCUUGAACAGGAGGCUCUGAGACACUUUGCAACUUGGAAUGAACUCCACAAACAGUUCUGUAUAUCUGAGAUUCCAGGAUGAUGCAUCAGCUUGAUUCAGCUGGCUUGCUCUCCUGUAACUCAUUCUCUCUCUCUCUCUCUCUCUCUCUCACACACACACACACACACACACACACACAAACACACACGUUCCAUUUUGAGAGGGGAGGCUUUGUUGGUUAAGGAAUCUUCCCAAUAAGCUUGCCUUCUCCAUAGGUAGACCUGUGUCUAUCUGGGGAGUCACAGUGUUGAGGUUGUUAGGCAGGCCAGAGAUGGUCCAUAGGCAUCUAGGUAUCUAAGAGCCUAAGACAGAGGAAGUUUUCAUGUGUUUUUCACAGAAUUUGUCGUCUUUAUGUCCUUGGGUGCUUUCCUUCCUUCUUGAUGUGAAUGAAGAGCUAGCUUGACCUAGACCUUAUCCCAGCUGAAGUGGAGCAAGACUCCUGGUCUUAAAGUAAUUAUUUUAGAAGGCCUGGAUCUUGAGUUAAUUUUCCUAAAAGCAAAAGAACCUGCACCCAGAUUUCUCAUAUGGGUAGAGCUUUCAGAGCUCAUAUCUUGAAAUCUGCCCACUCUUGAAUUCUUGUCUGGCAUCAGUGGGGAGAGGGGAGGGAGAGGAAGCAAGUCAUUAUUCAUUAACGACUUUUUUCCUAUCAGGGUCAAUCAGUGAGGAAAUAAUUCCAGUUUUAUUUCAAGAUAGUGCCAGAAUCUUGACUUUCCUGAUCUUGCUUGAAUAAUUCUGCAUUAUCUUUUAACUUCAGCUGAGUUGUUCCUUAGGUUGCAGAGGAAUAAUUUCCUUUCUAGGGGUUUAUGCAGCCCAUACCAUAUUCUCUUGUUUGUGUCCCAUUAGGAAUCAGGUAUUUUUGCCUUUCGCUGGCAGAUUUCACUCCGCCUUCUGCAAAUGCAGACUUUGAUCUGCAAAUUGUCAUCUAGAGAAAAGGAGGACUGUAAACCAAAUGCAUCUGCAGAGCAUUCUCCGUCCCUUAAGCUCUUUUUCCUGCUUUGCACUGUUUAAAAAUGUGUUGGAAACUCCCAUGAGUUAGCUUUUGCAUUUUACAGCCAUUCUGUAAUUGGUUUCAGAUCUGUUCUGCAACAAGUGGGUAUAUCAACUUCCAUAUUCCAUAAGUUACCAUAUAAUGGGUGGGGUAUAUAAAGAAGUGUCAAUAUACGUAUGCAGAGGCUUACUUUAAAAUACAUAAAUUACAUUGGGUUUCUCCACCCCCUGUGUUCAACAGCUUCAGUCAUUGUUCAAAAGUUGGCAAUUUAAUAUUAGACAUUUCUCUGUGUGGGAACAGUACAGGCAAAAUAGUGGGAUUGCUACUUUCCCUAGCUUGCCCUAGUAGUUGCAUUGAGGAAAGGAAGAUGAUUGUAGGACAGGAAGAAAAUCAGAAAAUGUAAUCAAGUGAAGUAUUUGAAUUCCUAGAUUUUAAGGUGCAGGAAUGUGGAAUUUGCUACCUGUUCGAGCAGCGUUUCUCAACCUUGGUAAGUUUAAGAUGUGUGGACUUCAAGUCUACCUUCAAGUUGCCAAAGUCGAGAAACACUGCACUAGAGGGAUGCUGUGUAUGUUCUGGUUGUAUAUGGAGUCGAGGAAAGGAUUUUGCAUGCUCGACACAAGGGUUACAACUUGAAGCACUCUGGUUCACCUGCAGCCUUUUACAAAGCUCUCCCUUUCUCAGUGCUCUCACUGUGGUGAUUGCAAGGACAAGCUCCGGAGUGUGGAAUCGCCUCUAUCGUCUCUCUGCUUUUCCUCCCCUGUCCGCCUUGGAAGGCCUGAUAAAUCCAUAGUCCUGUUUUGUUGCCUUCCCUGGGAGGUUUCAGCUAAGGGGGCCAUGGAUGACCAACCUCUUCAGUAUAUGUGUGAGCUACAGGGUAACCCAGAAUAUUCAUUUAUGGUUUAUUUUUAAAAAAAUGCUGAUCAGAAUACAUAUUCAGUGAAACUGAUUUUGGAUAGAUCACCUAUUACAUAAUUAGGUGGCUGUUUCUAUUGGGAGGAGUGAGGUUACAGAAGUGGGGGCGAUGAAGGUAUCUUCACUAAGCAGUCUGCCUUACUCCAUUCAGUGUGAGUAUCUGAUUCAGUUGUUACUCAACCUCGGCAACUUUAAGAGGCGUGGACUUGAACUCCCAGAAUUCCCCAGCCAGAAUGCUGGCUGGGGAAUCCUGGAAGUUGGAGUCCACACACCUUAAAGUUGCUGAGGUUGAGAAACACUGAUCUGAUUUCUUCUUGGUGCUGUCCAUUUGUAAGAAAUGUAUAGUACAUACACUUGGAUUUAUGAAGCCUAACUUGUAAAAUGUUCUCUCCAGCCACGUGGCUCAGCACCUGCUGAUUAUCUCACUAUUUCUGAGGCAGAGUUUAAUCUCUGUGGUGCUCCAGUCAGUUCUUUGCACUACUGGGUAUGUGGUAACGAAUCCCGUACCGUUUUUGAUGAGGAAUUUGUCCUGGGUCAAAAGAGAAUCAGUGGCUAAGAACCCUUCGGGACAGUUCUGUGCCAGGCAGUGGAGCGGGCCAGUCAUAUUCCCUCCGAGGCGCCGUAUGCGGAAGGCUUGCUGGUUUUUGCAGAUGUUUUUCCCGCACCCAUCCAAUAACCUCAACUGCAUCCGGGUCGCAGCUAAGGAAAGAUGCCAGAUCUUAGCUGUAAAAUAUUUUUCAACCAAUAAUCUAUCUGUCCUUAAAUGCCCAGAAAAUUUAUUUUAAGCUGAUUAGAAAAUCGCUGCCUGUAUUUCCUGCAGUUACAUUUUCAGGGGAACAAGAGCAAACGCUUCAACCUGACCCCAUUUCAGUAUAGGAUAUGGUGCUAUUAAUCCGGGUGCUUUCUCAGGCCAGCCUGGGAUCCGUCUUACCCACGGUUCUUCUUAGAUUCUUCCAAGCACAGGCACAGGCAGUUUGACACAGUUAUAGAUAAUCUUGUUUGCUGUCCUGGCGUAAGGCUCCUGUCCUGGACUGAUUGAUGAAGUGUGGCUUUAUCAGUGCUCAGUGCCUUGAUGGCGCCCCUUUGGUCCAUGCCAUGAGAAGCCUGCAGUCUUGAAAUCUAACCAUUUCUUGUAUUUUGCUUCCCUUCAGCUGCCUUUAGGUAUCUUGGCUAUCUCAUGUCUUCUGUUUGGCCUGCCAUGUAAGCAUUUUUAAGUGUACGCUCAGAACCCAAACUCAGUAGUGAAAUAGCCCACGGAUAAUGGAGGAGUCAAAAUCUGAUCUUUUCAGUGCAGGAGGUUAAAGCAUUAGGGCACCAUCCCCAAAGCUUUUAAAUGAGCCUUGAUGGAUUCUUAAUAUCCAGGGAAAUCUUUUUAAAAGCUGAGCGGCCUGCCCAAAGACCACUAGAGUUGCAAUUUAGAAUACCCUGGAAGAGUUUGGGGAUGGGGGACCCUCCCCUGGAUUCUGGGGUGGCAGCCUUUUCAAAAGCCUGGUUCAAGCUGAAGCUGCCCCUUACGCAAGUUUCAGGAACUCGAUAAGGGGAUUUUUGUAUUGUGUCACACAUUUUCUCCCAUAAGCUUCUCCCCACCCCCACCCACCCCCGGAUUGGUCACGCUGCAGUCUUUCAAAGAUUACCCUUGCUAACUCUUUUUCUAGCUUUAUGGGUUUUUCUUUUUUUGAAAAUGAGGAAAAGGAAGCUGGGUAGGACAGUCUAACCCACUUUGUGACUUGUCUCAGCAUUUUGCGUUUUUGAGCCUUUGGAUAAUAUUCUCUGCAGAAUGGAAUGGAGGUCUGUGUUGUAGUUGAAGGGGAAAUUCAGUCAGUAAUGGAAAUUGCUGCUGCUCAGGAAUUCAUUUGUAAAAUAUUAAAAAUUAUAUAAAAUCCAUUUGUAAAUGGAUUGAAGAGAAUACCCAUUUUCUUAACAGGUGGCAAUAUGGGAUGUUUUUUUUCCUAGGGUCUAGGAGUUUGAUUUGUACACAUUAGCCCAUGAACAUGAAAUUUAUUUAAAAAUCAAAUUUUCCUCUGUGGUAGGACUACCAGAUCUGAGCUGCAAAAAUCCAGAUGGCAGCAAAGAUGCAGAAACCUCCUUGCUGCCAUCUAGUGGGUGUCCAGAGCCUUGCAGUCCAGAUCAGAUAACCCUAUUCUACGGUGUCUUUGUCUUGUUUUUAAAACUCUGCUCCUUAAGUUUUAUCUGCCAUUCUUCCAUAAAGGUCACAUGAAAAAUUCUGGCAUGUGUAUAUAUGUAUGUAAUAAUAAGCUUAUCUAUAUAUUUUCCACCCUUCUGAUCUUUCCAGUUUUCUGCACUGCAAAAUUUCCAUUCUAACCUUCUCUUUGAAUCUUCCCACACUUCACCUUGAUUUGUAAAUGAAAAAAAAAAUGGCUUUGAAGUUUGUCUUUAUAUUAAAAAUGUAUGUAUUUUAAUACACUGUA